ACGAGUCGUAGCUCGUAGCUUCAAGAUCACGAACUCGGGGUUGGGCCACUGCUCUGUUGGACACAGAGCAGUGGUCGGACUCCGGGACCGUUGGAUGGAAUUUCAAGGGAUCAAGAAUUGGGAAGGGUUGCUUGAUCCACUUGAUGAUGAUCUCCGUAAGGAGAUCUUGAGGUACGGGGAAUUCGUUGAGGCAGCCUAUCGUUGCUUCGACUUUGACAUGUCAUCACCCACGUACGCCACAUGUCUUUAUCCUAAGAGUUCAAUGCUGACAGACUCUGGACUGGACAAGACCGGCUAUAAGGUGAUCAAGAACUUGUACGCCACGUGUGUGGUCCAAAUGCCACGAUGGACUAAAAAGACGUUCCCAAACCUAGCGUCUCCGCGAUCCAGCUGGAUCGGUUACGUGGCCGUUUGCGACGACGAAAAAGAGAUCACUAGGCUUGGGCGUCGCGACGUGGUGAUCGCUUAUCGGGGUACCGCCACCUCAUCUGAAUGGCUCGAGAAUUUUCGCGCCACGUUAACUUGCUUACCAGACGACAUGACGACGUUCGACGAAAACUACGAUCAACCCAUGGUACAAAGUGGACUCUUGAACUUGUACACAACAAACACCCAAUGUGACCAAAGUUUGCAAGACACAAUUAGAGAAGAAAUUAGCAAGAUUCUUGAUAAAUAUAAUGAUGAGCCAUUAAGUAUAACUAUCACAGGACAUAGUCUUGGUGCUGCCCUAGCAACAUUAACAGCGUGUGAUAUUACAACAAAAUUUAGUAACGCACCCAUAGUAAGUGUUGUAUCAUUUGGAGGGCCUAGAGUUGGAAACAAAAGUUUUCGAUGCCUAUUAGAGAAAAAUGGUACAAAUAUUCUCCGAAUCGUCAACUCUGACGAUCCCAUUACAAAAGUUCCGGGAUUCGUCAUCGACGACGAUAUUGAUGACAUGGCGGAAAGCCACGUGGCGUCUACGGGUAUGCCAAGUUGGCUACAAAAGUUCAUGGAGGAUACCCAAUGGGUGUAUGCUGAGGUUGGCAAGGAACUUAGAUUAAGUAGUAAAGGGGAUAUUGCCACGUGUCAUGAUCUCAAGACAUAUUUAGACUUAGUAAACAAUUAUGAAAAUGAUACAUCAUUAGCAUGAAAAACAACAAACUUUUUGUACUAGGUACA